AUGAAUUUCUCCCAGGUGUCAUAUUUCACUCUGACUGCCUACAUUGACAUUGGGUUYUUUAAGUACUUGGUUUUUGUGUUUUUCCUGUGUCUGUAUGUGUUUAUUAUCUGCUGUAAUGUUGUUCUGAUUGUGGUUAUCUGCAUGAACAGGAGUUUACAUGAACCUAUUACAGGCUUGUUUCCAUUCCUGCUGAUCCAGAUUCUGUCAGAUGUUCACACUGUUUCUGCUCCGCUCUGUUUCCUUCAGGAUUUUUGUUUGUAUUCAUAUGGAAGUGUGGAGUUUUUAACUCUAGCUGUCAUGUCUUAUGACAGAUAUGUUGCCAUUUGUUUUCCUCUGCAGUAUAACACUGUGAUGACGUCUAAAAGGACUGUUAGACUUGUUGUUGUUGUGUGGUUUUACCCUUUUUUUACGGUUGUGAUUUUAGUGUCAAUGACUGCCAGACUUCAGCUGUGUGGCAACAUCAUCAACAAGAUUUAUUGUACCAACUCCUCCAUCAUGUAUCUGGCAUGCUUCAAUUUCACUGUUAUCAACAUUUAUGGGAUUAUUAAUAUGUUUGUGUUGUUCUUUUUCCCUGCAGUCUUAAUAUUUUACACCUACAUUAGCAUAAUCAAGGUGUGUUUCUCUGGAUCCAAACAGACCCGACAGAAAGCUGUCAGUACCUGCUCUCCUCAUCUGAUUUCUCUGCUAAAUUUCUCUUUUGGAUGUUUGUUGGAAAUUUUAGAAAGCAGGUUGAACAUGAACAGUGUUCCCAACAUGGUUAGAGUUGUAAAAACUUCUGCAUCUGCUUAUCUGAUCACAUGUCAAACUCUGUUUAACCCAGUUUUAUAUGGACUGAAAAUAUCCAAAAUAUGGAUUUCUUUGAAAAGUCUURUUGGUAAAAUUCUACUUCAGUAAUCUGUAAGCAGGAAGAGUUGAUGAAAUCCACAAUUUUUCACCUGUAAUGAUAUAAAAAAAAUUAACUUAGUUUUAUCAUGUUAUACUAUAAGUGUGUACAAGUUACUCUGAUUUCCAAAAUACAAGCUUAGCAAUAAACAAUG